CAACAAACAAGCAACAUGGCCGACGCAGCAGGGCCGCUCUUCGAGCCCACCGACCUGCUCUUCGGGUUCGCGCUGGGGCCGUCGUCCCCCGCACAGCCGGCGCCGGCGGCCCGCUCUCCCCUCGCGUCGCUCGCCCGCCCGCCGCCCUCGCCCAUCGGGUACUCGCCUCCACCCGAGCUCGACGAAGAGCCCUCGGACUUUGAGGACGAGGUGCAGGCGAUGAUGGAGCUCGACAACGAGGAGAGCGUGCGCCGCGACGUCCUCAAGAUCGCUGCCGACGCCGAUGAGAAGCGCGUCCGCGAGGAGGCGGCCAAGCGGCGCCGCGCGGCCAUCAUUGCUGCUACCCAGGCGGACGAGGAGACACAAGGGAGCAGCAGCUCGGGCACGCAGAUGUUCGAGCCGUCGGGAAUCUUUGGCUUCGAACCCCUCGCGUCGACCUCUCGUGCCUCCCGCGUCGAGCUCACUCCUCCCCCUCCGGUCGCCGAGGUUCCCGAGCUCGUGUUCGACAGUGCUGGGAGGCUGCUCCGUCCCCUCGAGGCUGAGACGGCCUCAGGGAGGAUCGUACAGUUCCGCAGGAGGAAUCGACCUCGAGCCCCAGUCGACAUGGUAGGUGGACGGAAGGCUGCUGCCGCUCACACGCACCAGGCGCACGCCCGAGCCAAGCAGUCGUUUGACCUCCUUACCACGCCGCUCCACCAUCUCAUGAAGGAAGUCGAUGAGAUCAAGUCAAGGAAGGCGGCCAUCCAACUUGAGCGCUCGUUCCAGACCGAACAAGACCGAUCAGCUCCUGGCACAAAGGGCAAAGCACCCGCGACGACCAUGUGGGUCGACAAAUAUCGUCCGACAAAGUUUGCAGACCUGCUAGGCGAGGAGCGAGUCCACCGCGAGGUCAUGACCUGGCUCAAAGAAUGGGACAAGUGUGUCUUCAAGCGGGUGCCGCCCAAGAAGCGUAAGGCCGACGACGAGGACAACGGCUAUGCUAUCCUGUUGCUGUCCGGGCCUCCAGGAUACGGCAAGACUACUUUGGCGCAUAUCGUAGCACGCCAUGCGGGGUACAGGUCAUUGGAAAUCAAUGCCUCUGACGACCGCAACGCCGCUACAGUGUCGACGCGCAUCAAGAACGCUAUCGAUGCUGGUACGGGAUUGGGCGCCGAGGGUCGUCCUACCUGUGUAGUGAUUGACGAGAUUGAUGGUGCCAGCGGCGGUGGAGACGCAGUGCCCAAACCCCUCCGGCGUCCCAUCAUCUGUAUCUGCAACGACCUGUACGCGCCGUCCCUGCGGCCCCUACGUCCGUUUGCAAGGGUGGUACUGGUUGCGCGCCUGCAGGACAUUUGUGGCCGGGAGCGGUUGUCCGCGGAUCUGCAAGUCCUGAACUCGCUCGUGGAGCUCACCGCGGGAGAUGUACGAAGCUGCUUGAACACGCUACAGUUUAUCAAAUCCCGGUCGUCUGUGGUCACAACAGAGGCCAUCAAGGCGUCGUCCGUUGGCACCAAGGACUCUGGAACGACGUUGGACACGGCUUGGGGUAGCCUCUUUGUCCCGCUUGCCGCCAAGCAGCGCCGCAAGGUCAUCGGCGCCAUUGACGACGGCCGGUAUGCAGACCGGCUCGCCUUCAUGGUCCAGGCUUGUGGCGAGUACGACCGCCUUGUCCAGGGAUGCUUUGAGCACUAUCCCAAUCUCAAGCCACUGGACCCGAGCUUCCGCAACAUCUGCCGCCUGCACGACUGGGUUGCCUACUAUGACCGCCUGUCGGGCAAAGUCGCCGAGAACAUGGAGUUUGAGCUCAUGGCGUAUCUGCCGUACGCCAUUGUCCCAUGGCACUCGCACUUUGCGGCGCCCGGCAAUGCCUCACGGCCGACGGAAUGGCCAAAGGCGGAUUACGAGUCUUAUCAGGCUCGGUUGGCCAAUGAGGAGGUUACACUCAGUCUCAAAUCCGCGAUUCCACCCGUGCUCAGGUCGUUGUUCUCGUCGACGACGACGCUCACCGAGCUAAUCCCCCUGCUCAUGCGCAUCAUAUCACCUCCGCUCAAGCCAGUGAAUGCCAACAUUGUCAAGCCGGCGGAACGCGCCAUUCUGGCGCGUCUUGUCGACCUUAUGAUUCCGCUGGGGUUGCGUUUCUGGCAGGAGAAACAGGAAGAUGGCCAGCCCAUGAUGCGUUUGGAGCCCGCAAUCGACGUAUUCGUGCACUAUGACGGAAAACGCGCCGGCGACAUUGCCGCGUCGCGAUUCGCUGUGCGCCAACUGGUAUCACAGGCAAUGGACGCAGAGAUGGCGCGUCGACGUGGACAGGGUAGUGCAGGGGAGGAUGGCAAGGGUGUGAGCACUGCACAGUUCCUGGCCGAGCAGUACACUGCUGCCAAGACGGGCCAGCCAGCCAAGAAGGAGGAGGCGCCUGUGGCACAGGCCACCGACUUCUUUGGCCGUAUCAAGGCGCCCCCAAAGAUAGUGGAAAAGCCAGUUGGCGGGGAGCCCACACUGCCACAGCCUACUGUCAAGAAAUUCCGAUCAGUCUACAAGUUCAACGAGGGCUCAUCUGCUGCGGUGCGGAAGAAUGUCAAGAUGGGGGCCUUGAUGUAAGGAGGGCUGGGACGACGACGCGCGGUGCACGACGUGGCCCCGUUGCUGCUUCCGGCGGCAUGUUCCGUCCUUCCCCACAAAAUAGCGGCAGUGGACGAGUGAGAUGUAUGACGAUACAAGUCCG